AUGCCGUCUUCGGAAUACACUGCGGCCAGCGGUGGUGCUCUGAAGCUCAAAGGCGGCGGCGUUGACAAGAAAAAGAAGAAGAAGAAGCCAAAGACUACCGAAUCUACAAAACCCUCUGAAGACACAUCCAUCGACGUCGCGAAACGAUCCACUACCGACAAUGACGCGCACAAGUCACCUUCAGGCACACCUGGCCGCUCAAUCUCGCCCGAGGCCGUAGAAAGAUCGAUACGAGAGGGCGGUGGAAGACAGAAGACGGAGGCUGAAAGGCGACACGACGAGAUGCGAAGGAAGAGGCUGGAAGAGAGAUUGAAGAAGGAAGGAGUGAAAACACACAAGGAGAAGGUAGAGGAGCUGAACAAGUAUCUGAGUGGACUGAGCGAACACCACGAUAUGCCCAAAAUCGGACCUGGCUAA